GAUAUCUGCCAUUUCAUUUGUAUAUGUGGCAGCUGCGGGUGUUGUAGAAUUUUUGUAAUUUCUCCACAUAUUAGAGAAGUUAUCAAGCCCUAUUUUUCCUUAAUGUAGAAAUAAAUCGAUUGUGUGAGUGAAUAAAUAGCUACGUCACUAUAAAUUCAUAAAUUAUUUCAUAGAUAUCCGGCCGUUGUCAUUCUCGCUUUCAAGUAACGCCAUGUUGAUUGUCAAAAGUGUUUUCCGAUGAGACAGCAGUGAAAAGAAUUUUUUGUGUUAUCAUUUCAGACUGCGAUUUCGAAGAGUCGCGUGUAAUUUAAAUCGGUCUAGUUAGAGUAAAGAUCUAGCAGCCAUGGCGCAAGUAUUGCCUAUUAGGUUCCAGGAGCACCUGCAGCUCACAAAUGUUGGCAUCAAUCCAGCAUCUAUUUCCUUCAACACCCUCACAAUGGAGUCGGACAAGUUCAUCUGUGUCCGGGAGAAAGUGGGAGAGACGGCGGAGGUGGUCAUCAUUGACAUGGCGGACCCCACCAAUCCUAUAAGGAGGCCUAUCAGUGCUGAUUCGGCCAUUAUGAAUCCGGCCAGCAAGGUUAUCGCGCUGAAGGGGAAGGCUGGUGUUGAAGCCCAAAAGACACUACAAAUCUUCAACAUCGAGAUGAAGUCCAAAAUGAAGGCCCACACCAUGACCGAAGACGUGGUGUUCUGGAAGUGGAUAUCGCUGAACACACUGGCCCUAGUGACCAAGAUGUCGGUGUACCACUGGUCCAUGGAGGGCGACUCCACCCCCGUCAAGAUGUUCGACCGGCACUCGUCGCUCGCCGACUGUCAGAUCAUCAACUACAGGACCGAUCCGAAGCAGCAGUGGUUACUGCUUGUUGGUAUCUCCGCUCAGCAGAACCGCGUGGUAGGAGCCAUGCAGCUCUACUCCGUAGAGCGCAAGUGCUCACAGCCUAUCGAGGGUCACGCGGCCUCCUUCGCCACGUUCAAGGCCGAAGGCAACGCUGAACCGUCGACGCUGUUCUGCUUCGCCGUGCGGACCGCGCAGGGCGGCAAACUACAUGUCAUCGAGGUCGGCCAGACGCCGGCGGGCAACCAGCCGUUCCCCAAGAAGGCAGUGGACGUGUUCUUCCCCGCCGAAGCGCAGAACGACUUCCCCGUCGCCAUGCAGGUCUCCCCCAAAUAUGACGUCAUCUAUCUCAUCACCAAAUACGGGUACAUCCACAUGUACGACAUCGAAACCGGGACCUGUAUCUACAUGAACCGUAUCUCCUCGGACACCAUUUUCGUGACGGCUCCCCAUGAGGCUACUGGCGGUAUCAUUGGCGUGAACCGCAAAGGCCAAGUCCUCUCUGUAACCGUAGAAGAGGACUCCAUCGUGCCCUACAUCAACACGGUCCUGCAGAACCCAGAGCUCGCCCUGCGGUUGGCCGUGCGCAACAACUUGGCUGGGGCUGAAGAGCUGUUCGUCAGGAAGUUCAACAUGCUGUUCACCAAUGCACAGUACGGCGAGGCCGCCAAGGUGGCAGCAAUGGCGCCGCGAGGCAUCCUUCGCACCCCGCAGACCAUCCAGCGUUUCCAGCAAGUUCCAACCCAGCCAGGACAGACGUCCCCCUUACUCCAGUAUUUCGGAAUCCUGCUGGACCAGGCGCAGCUCAACAAGUUCGAGUCGCUCGAGCUGUGCAAACCGGUCUUGUUGCAAGGUCGCAAACAGCUGCUGGAAAAGUGGCUUAAGGAAGAAAAGCUAGAAUGCUCAGAGGAGCUUGGAGAUCUGGUGAAGCAGGUUGACCCCACGCUGGCUCUCUCAGUGUACCUGCGGGCCAAUGUGGCCAGCAAGGUCAUCCAGUGCUUCGCCGAGACCGGACAGUUCCAGAAGAUUGUGCUGUAUGCUAAGAAGGUCGGCUACACGCCCGACUACAUAUUCCUGCUGCGCUCCGUGAUGCGCACCAACCCCGAGCAAGGCGCCGGCUUCGCGGGCAUGCUGGUCGCCGAGGACCCGCCCCUGGCCGACAUCAACCAGAUCGUGGACGUGUUCAUGGAGCAGAACAUGGUGCAGCAGUGCACGGCGUUCCUGCUGGACGCGCUCAAGAACAACCGGCCCGAGGAGGGGCCGCUGCAGACCAGGCUGCUAGAGAUGAACCUGAUGUCAGCUCCCCAAGUGGCGGACGCGAUCCUCGGCAACGCCAUGUUCACGCGCUACGACCGCGCGCACGUGGCGCAGCUGUGCGAGAAGGCCGGCCUGCUGCAGCGCGCGCUCGAGCACUACACCGACCUGUACGACAUCAAGCGGGCCGUGGUUCACACCCACCUGCUCUCAGCCGAAUGGCUGGUCACCUACUUUGGCAGCCUGUCCGUCGAGGAUUCCCUCGAGUGCCUCAAGGCCAUGUUACAAGCCAACAUCCGCCAGAACCUGCAGAUCUGCGUGCAAAUCGCCACCAAGUACCACGAACAGCUAACAACGAAGGCGCUCAUUGAGCUGUUUGAGAGCUUCAAGACUUACGAGGGCCUUUUCUACUUCCUGGGCUCCAUUGUCAACUUUAGCCAGGACCCGGAAGUCCACUUCAAGUAUAUUCAGGCCGCCUGCAAGACCGGUCAAAUCAAGGAGGUGGAACGCAUCUGCCGCGAGUCCAACUGCUACAACGCGGAGCGCGUCAAGAACUUCCUCAAAGAAGCCAAGCUGCCCGACCAGCUGCCGCUCAUCAUCGUCUGCGACCGCUUCGACUUCGUGCACGACCUCGUGCUGUACCUGUACAGGAACAGCCUGCAGAAGUACAUCGAGAUCUACGUGCAGAAGGUGAACCCGUCGCGUCUACCUGUUGUGGUGGGCGGUCUGCUGGACGUGGACUGCACCGAGGACAUCAUCAAGAACCUCAUUCUGGUGGUGCGCGGACAGUUCUCCACUGACGAGCUCGUGGCCGAGGUGGAGAAGAGGAACAGACUGAAGCUGCUACUGCCGUGGCUAGAAACCCGCGUGCACGAGGGCUGCAACGAGCCCGCCACGCACAACGCGCUCGCCAAGAUCUACAUAGACUCCAACAACAACCCCGAGCGGUUCCUCAAGGAGAACCAAUGGUACGACUCCCGCGUAGUCGGCAAGUACUGCGAGAAGCGCGAUCCCCACCUCGCCUGCGUCGCUUACGAACGCGGGCAGUGCGACAGAGAGCUGAUCGCCGUGUGCAACGACAACUCGCUGUUCAAGACGCAGGCGCGCUACCUCGUGCGCCGCCGCGACCAGGAGCUGUGGCUCGAGGUGCUCGCCGAGUCCAACCCCUACAAGCGGCAGCUCAUCGACCAGGUAUGUACUGUCUGCAACAACUCGCUGUUCAAGACGCAGGCGCGCUACCUCGUGCGCCGCCGCGACCAGGAGCUGUGGCUCGAGGUGCUCGCCGAGUCCAACCCCUACAAGCGGCAGCUCAUCGACCAGGUAUGUACUGUCUGCAACAACUCGCUGUUCAAGACGCAGGCGCGCUACCUCGUGCGCCGCCGCGACCAGGAGCUGUGGCUCGAGGUGCUCGCCGAGUCCAACCCCUACAAGCGGCAGCUCAUCGACCAGGUAUGUACUGUCUGCAACAACUCGCUGUUCAAGACGCAGGCGCGCUACCUCGUGCGCCGCCGCGACCAGGAGCUGUGGCUCGAGGUGCUCGCCGAGUCCAACCCCUACAAGCGGCAGCUCAUCGACCAGGUAUGUACUGUCUGCAACAACUCGCUGUUCAAGACGCAGGCGCGCUACCUCGUGCGCCGCCGCGACCAGGAGCUGUGGCUCGAGGUGCUCGCCGAGUCCAACCCCUACAAGCGGCAGCUCAUCGACCAGGUAUGUACUGUCUGCAACAACUCGCUGUUCAAGACGCAGGCGCGCUACCUCGUGCGCCGCCGCGACCAGGAGCUGUGGCUCGAGGUGCUCGCCGAGUCCAACCCCUACAAGCGGCAGCUCAUCGACCAGGUAUGUACUGUCUGCAACAACUCGCUGUUCAAGACGCAGGCGCGCUACCUCGUGCGCCGCCGCGACCAGGAGCUGUGGCUCGAGGUGCUCGCCGAGUCCAACCCCUACAAGCGGCAGCUCAUCGACCAGGUAUGUACUGUCUGCAACAACUCGCUGUUCAAGACGCAGGCGCGCUACCUCGUGCGCCGCCGCGACCAGGAGCUGUGGCUCGAGGUGCUCGCCGAGUCCAACCCCUACAAGCGGCAGCUCAUCGACCAGGUAUGUACUGUCUGCAACAACUCGCUGUUCAAGACGCAGGCGCGCUACCUCGUGCGCCGCCGCGACCAGGAGCUGUGGCUCGAGGUGCUCGCCGAGUCCAACCCCUACAAGCGGCAGCUCAUCGACCAGGUAUGUACUGUCUGCAACAACUCGCUGUUCAAGACGCAGGCGCGCUACCUCGUGCGCCGCCGCGACCAGGAGCUGUGGCUCGAGGUGCUCGCCGAGUCCAACCCCUACAAGCGGCAGCUCAUCGACCAGGUAUGUACUGUCUGCAACAACUCGCUGUUCAAGACGCAGGCGCGCUACCUCGUGCGCCGCCGCGACCAGGAGCUGUGGCUCGAGGUGCUCGCCGAGUCCAACCCCUACAAGCGGCAGCUCAUCGACCAGGUAUGUACUGUCUGCAACAACUCGCUGUUCAAGACGCAGGCGCGCUACCUCGUGCGCCGCCGCGACCAGGAGCUGUGGCUCGAGGUGCUCGCCGAGUCCAACCCCUACAAGCGGCAGCUCAUCGACCAGGUAUGUACUGUCUGCAACAACUCGCUGUUCAAGACGCAGGCGCGCUACCUCGUGCGCCGCCGCGACCAGGAGCUGUGGCUCGAGGUGCUCGCCGAGUCCAACCCCUACAAGCGGCAGCUCAUCGACCAGGUAUGUACUGUCUGCAACAACUCGCUGUUCAAGACGCAGGCGCGCUACCUCGUGCGCCGCCGCGACCAGGAGCUGUGGCUCGAGGUGCUCGCCGAGUCCAACCCCUACAAGCGGCAGCUCAUCGACCAGGUAUGUACUGUCUGCAACAACUCGCUGUUCAAGACGCAGGCGCGCUACCUCGUGCGCCGCCGCGACCAGGAGCUGUGGCUCGAGGUGCUCGCCGAGUCCAACCCCUACAAGCGGCAGCUCAUCGACCAGGUAUGUACUGUCUGCAACAACUCGCUGUUCAAGACGCAGGCGCGCUACCUCGUGCGCCGCCGCGACCAGGAGCUGUGGCUCGAGGUGCUCGCCGAGUCCAACCCCUACAAGCGGCAGCUCAUCGACCAGGUAUGUACUGUCUGCAACAACUCGCUGUUCAAGACGCAGGCGCGCUACCUCGUGCGCCGCCGCGACCAGGAGCUGUGGCUCGAGGUGCUCGCCGAGUCCAACCCCUACAAGCGGCAGCUCAUCGACCAGGUAUGUACUGUCUGCAACAACUCGCUGUUCAAGACGCAGGCGCGCUACCUCGUGCGCCGCCGCGACCAGGAGCUGUGGCUCGAGGUGCUCGCCGAGUCCAACCCCUACAAGCGGCAGCUCAUCGACCAGGUAUGUACUGUCUGCAACAACUCGCUGUUCAAGACGCAGGCGCGCUACCUCGUGCGCCGCCGCGACCAGGAGCUGUGGCUCGAGGUGCUCGCCGAGUCCAACCCCUACAAGCGGCAGCUCAUCGACCAGGUAUGUACUGUCUGCAACAACUCGCUGUUCAAGACGCAGGCGCGCUACCUCGUGCGCCGCCGCGACCAGGAGCUGUGGCUCGAGGUGCUCGCCGAGUCCAACCCCUACAAGCGGCAGCUCAUCGACCAGGUAUGUACUGUCUGCAACAACUCGCUGUUCAAGACGCAGGCGCGCUACCUCGUGCGCCGCCGCGACCAGGAGCUGUGGCUCGAGGUGCUCGCCGAGUCCAACCCCUACAAGCGGCAGCUCAUCGACCAGGUAUGUACUGUCUGCAACAACUCGCUGUUCAAGACGCAGGCGCGCUACCUCGUGCGCCGCCGCGACCAGGAGCUGUGGCUCGAGGUGCUCGCCGAGUCCAACCCCUACAAGCGGCAGCUCAUCGACCAGGUAUGUACUGUCUGCAACAACUCGCUGUUCAAGACGCAGGCGCGCUACCUCGUGCGCCGCCGCGACCAGGAGCUGUGGCUCGAGGUGCUCGCCGAGUCCAACCCCUACAAGCGGCAGCUCAUCGACCAGGUUGUCCAAACAGCUCUCUCAGAAACGCAAGACCCAGAAGACAUCUCAGUGACAGUAAAAGCUUUCAUGACCGCCGAUCUGCCCAAUGAGCUCAUAGAACUGCUCGAGAAGAUCGUGCUCGACAACUCCGUGUUCUCCGACCAUAGGAACCUGCAGAACUUGCUUAUCCUGACAGCAAUAAAGGCGGACCGCACUCGCGUGAUGGAGUACAUCAACCGCCUGGACAACUACGACGCGCCCGACAUCGCCAACAUCGCCAUCAACAACGAGCUCUACGAGGAGGCGUUCGCUAUCUUCAAGAAGUUUGACGUUAACACCUCUGCUAUCCAGGUGUUAAUAGAACAAGUGAAGGACCUGGAGCGCGCGAACGAAUUCGCCGAGCGCUGCAACGAGCCCGGCGUGUGGUCGCAGCUCGCCAAGGCCCAACUCCAACAGGGGCUGGUGAAGGAGGCCAUCGACUCGUACAUCAAGGCCGACGACCCCUCCGCCUACAUGGACGUGGUCGCCACCGCCACACAGGAGCAGUCGUGGGACGACCUCGUCAGAUACUUACAGAUGGCCCGCAAGAAGGCGCGCGAAUCCUACAUCGAAUCGGAACUGAUCUACGCAUACGCCCGCACCGGCCGCCUCGCCGACCUCGAGGAGUUCAUCUCCGGCCCCAACCACGCCGACAUACAGAAGAUCGGCGACCGCUGCUUCGACGACAAGAUGUACAACGCAGCGAAGUUGCUGUAUAACAACGUCAGCAACUUCGCCCGCCUCGCCAUCACGCUCGUGCACCUCAAGGAGUUCCAGGGCGCGGUGGACAGCGCACGCAAGGCCAACUCCACCCGCACGUGGAAGGAGGUGUGCUUCGCGUGCGUGGACGCGGGCGAGUUCAGGCUGGCGCAGAUGUGCGGCCUGCACAUCGUCGUGCACGCCGACGAGCUCGAGGACCUCAUCAACUACUACCAGGACCGGGGCCACUUCGACGAGCUGAUCAGCCUGCUAGAAGCGGCACUCGGAUUGGAGCGCGCACACAUGGGCAUGUUCACGGAACUUGCUAUUCUUUACUCCAAGUACAAGCCCGCCAAGAUGCGAGAGCACCUAGAGCUCUUCUGGUCCAGGGUUAACAUCCCCAAGGUUCUGCGUGCAGCCGAGCACGCGCACCUGUGGUCGGAGCUGGUGUUCCUGUACGACAAGUACGAGGAGUACGACAACGCCGCCACCACCAUGAUGCAGCACCCCACCGAGGCCUGGCGCGAGGGACACUUCAAGGACAUCAUCACUAAAGUCGCAAACAUGGAGCUAUACUACCGCGCGAUCCAAUUCUACCUGGACUACAAACCUCUCCUCCUCAACGACCUGCUACUGGUGCUGGCGCCGCGCAUGGACCACACUCGCGCCGUGAGCUUCUUCACCAAGGCCGGCCACCUGCAGCUGGUGAAGGCCUACCUGCGCUCCGUGCAGAGCCUCAACAAUAAGGCCGUCAACGAGGCGCUCAACUCGCUGCUCAUCGACGAGGAGGACUACCAGGGACUACGGACAUCGAUAGACGCGUUCGACAAUUUCGACACAAUCGCGCUCGCGCAGCAAUUGGAGAAACACGAGCUCACAGAGUUCAGAAGAAUCGCGGCGUACCUGUACAAAGGAAACAACCGGUGGAAGCAAUCAGUGGAGCUGUGCAAGAAGGACGCCCUGUACGCGGACGCCAUGGAGUACGCCGCCGAGUCGCGCCAGUCCGACGUGGCCGAGGAGCUGCUCGACUGGUUCCUGCAGCGCGACAACUACGAGUGCUUCUCCGCCUGCCUCUACCAGUGUUACGACCUAUUGAAACCCGACGUUGUCAUCGAGCUGGCGUGGAGGCAUAACAUCAUGGACUUCGCCAUGCCAUUCCUUAUUCAGACUGUCCGGGAAUUGACGACGAAAGUAGAGAAGCUCGAAGAAGCGGACGCGAAACGCAGCACCGAGAGCGCCGAGAACGACACCAAGCCCGCCAUGAUGAUGGAGCCGCAGCUCAUGCUCACCGCCGGCCCGUCCAUGGCGUACCCCGGCGUGCCGGCGCAGGCGUCGCCCUACGCGUACGCCGCGCAGGCGCCCUCGCCCGCGCCCUACCACGGCUACGGCAUGUAGGGCUCCACCCGCCCGGGCCCAGGGCCAGGGCCCCAGCACGCGCGACCGCCCAAGCCCGAGAGGGGACCCAGAAGGAACGAGGAACCCCCCGUGUCCUCCGAUACUCACUUUUAUCUCAGUUCUACACUUACCUAACCGUUUUAAAUUCUUUAGAUGUUAUGUCAGUCGGUAAUGUUAUAUUACUAACAUUCAUUCUAAUGUAACAUCUGAUAUGUUUUUGUAAAAGCUCCCUAGGUAGAUGAUCGUAGAAGUCGGGUAGAAGUGCCCAAAUACCUAGACUUACGAUAGGAGGCGAACGUUCCGUCUCUCGCUGUUCUCGGCUAAAAAACAGGGGAGAACGUGUGAGCUGCUAAAGUGUUCGUUAAACGCGAAACGCGUAUAUAACAUCGUAAGCUUUCUGAACACUAGUCAUGUUUGUAGCAAAUUUGAACGUUAUUGUGAUGAAAAUAAGGUUCAUUCUUAUUUUAUCUCCCAGCCCCUUUCGUAAGUCUAGGAGUGUGAGGACGUGAAAAUGGCAAUCGAACGCGAGUAGUGCCGUAGAUGAGACGUCGAUCGUCAUUUGGCGUCCAUAUAGAGUACGUUCCGAUGGAGUCCCGGGCUCGCAGUCUCGUUGAUGUAAACACGCAUUGGAUGCGCUCUCUAUGCAAUUCCGACCGGAGUUACACCGUUCCGACCGUUGGCUAUGUAUGAUAAGUGAACACUCCCGCGCCCCUGCCGAGGCCUAAGUUACGCUCUAGUAUUCUAUUUUGUAUUCUCAUUUUGUAAAAAGGUACUUGCGUCGGAAGUGCAUAGAGAUACCUUUAAGAUUUACGAAUAGAUUAGCGAUUGGGCUGACGACUAGAACUAUAUAAAAUGUUGGCCUGUACAAAAUUAUAAUAUAUUUGAUGGUGAAGUUGCUCUCGUGACUACAAAGUGCUUUAUUUUUAAAAUGGAAUGAGAGUUAUAAUAUAUGAUCGGUCUGUUGGCCGUUGGUUUUGCGUAGCUGUAGUGUUAGUCCGCGCGCACACGAUCAUACCACUGCGAGUUUAUAAUAGCAGCGCUAUACGGAUUGUGUAAUCGUUAGGUGCAUAACAUUCAAUGUAUCGUAAUAUCUAUACCGAGCAACAUUGUCACUCGUUCAUGAUACGAUUACAACCGAAAAGCCAAGUUGUAUGUUGUUUGAAGUGUACGCGAGUGGAGUCGCGAGCCCCGGCCUGUAGGGAAUGUCGUCCGAAAUCUAAAUUAAUAAAUUAUUGAAAUUAAUACUUUAAAUAUGAUUAUUUGUCAAUGUUAUCAAUAUUAUCAAAUUGUAUGUUAGUUUUCAUUUAGUAUUUUUAUAUUACUGAAAAGACUCAUAGUUGAAAUGUUCAUAUAAACAGAUCUUAAAAAUAAAUCGAACUAUAAUUUAUAAAAUAGUGCAAUAAUAAUACUUAAAUCAUAUAACCAAAUACCAACGAAUAAAUGCAUGCACGAAAUUUAUCUUCAAUAUGAAUGUACAAAAACACUAUAUUUCGGGAGUUGACCGCGUUUGUAUGUAUAUAAUGCUUUCACAUGUUUAGACUCGGCCAAGACUGGCCGAUUACAGGAAAAAGAGGUUACGAGUAUCGUAGCGGUUUCAUAAUUUCUAGAUACGUUUAGGUUUAGUUUAGGCGAAAUUAGUGGUACGAUGUUAUUUUUGAGUAAAAUGUUGAACCGUGUGCGAGGUUUACACAACACGCUUUAGUUGCGUCCGUAUCGCACUGGGAAUGAUGCCUUCGCUAGAUAAGUCAAAUAUGUCUCUUAUGAAGCGGCCGAGCUAGCUGCUACUGGCGAAUAUUAGCGCAAGACAUAGGAACAUCCUGUGCCGACUUAUAUGUUGGUUACUUUCGUCAUAUUCGCUGGUAGGGCUUGUAGGUGUUGGCCCGCGAGGCACUCUGGGGAACCUUAGCCUUUUAUGUAUGUUACAUUUUUCAUUUUUGUAUACACAUUAUUAUUUCGAGAGAUUCAUAUUUUACCCAGAUUUACGCGAAAUAACCCCAGAAAUGCCUUAUUAUUCUUAGAAUACGUAGAUUGCAUUCAUUUGUAAUUCAUUCUGUAUCUUAAAAGCAUGUAGUCGCAGACAAAUCACCUUAAGGUAUUAAAUUGGACUAAUAAUGGUUAUCAGAUACAGAAUUGUUACUUAUUGUAUAAUGCGAGUUGCAAAUAAAUCAUUGAUGUUAAAAUGAUUCAUUCAAAUCAUUCCUAUCACAUUAUGAUAAUAAUAAUAGCAAUUGUUAUAUGUUUAUUUCUUUCGUAAUAAUACAUCUUUAACAUAAACUUGUGGAAAGAAAGUUCAUUGUUCUAUUAUUAAUAUUGUAUUUAUUCAUGUAUGAUAAUGUUUUCCUGAAUUUUAUUAUAGUAAGAAAUAAAUAUUAAUAAACU